UCAACAUUGGUGUAAUAGAUAAAAAAAAAAUUAUUAGCAAGUCAGUAGUAUUGUGUAAUGGCGAACGAAACAUCAAAGUCUUCCUUUUUCUUUGCUGUAUUGGUUUUAGUUUUUGCAGUUCAAUUUAUUGAGAUAGAUGGUGAAUGCACGAAACUUGUGGGUAACUGUGAGACAUCAAAUUGUAAUGCUAUAUGUAAUACAUAUGCAAAAGGUGUUCGUGUUUUAAAUGCAUCGUGUUCAGCCUUACACUUAUGCACGUGUACUUUCGAUAGGCCACCACCAGGAGGACCAACACCUCCUUGCGAUCUUGUGUUGGGAGUUUGCACUAAUUCAUGUAACUAUGAAUGUUGCGACAAAAAGUGUAAAGCUAGUUUUCCUAAAACGGGUAGUGGCACAUGUAUAAUAGCCUUUGAACGGGAUCUUUGUAUGUGUUCCUAUAACCGUUAAGUUUCUUACUUAUACGAAAUGAAUAAAAUAAAAUUUUAUUUUCUUUGAUUGUUUUCAA